AUGCGCUUCACAUUCUUUAUACUCACAGCCACUCUGCUACUUCUAGACUACCAGGCAUUCGCCCGAGAUUAUAAGCUUGCCGCACCCAUAGAUCCAAAGAGCCAACUCCAAAACUACACUUUUGUGCGCGAACUAUCAUGGUCUAACCAAGAUUUCGACGUGACUCAGGACGACAACCAUGCUCACAUCAUGUCAGUCAAGACCCACGUCAAGUUCAUCAGCGCCCUAUUCAACAUGAAGCUUGUCUUCCCCGAUGGCAAAGAGAUAAAAGUUAAAGUCAAUAAAGCAUUGAUACACUGCGGAUUCAAGCAAACUUACAAGAUGUCGAAUGGAGUGCAAUUCCAGAUUGAUCCACGUUUUAUGAACAUUGAUCGUUGGCACAUCAAGAAGUCGGCAAACAUCACACACAAUUAUACCUGGAUGCGACACAUCCGAGGGCUUUCGGGUGUUGUGAAGAGGGACGACGGCACCAAAGUUGCCUACUUUGAAGCAAAAACUUUUGGUAGCUCGGCUUGGGCUUUCUGGACGCACAAUCGAAUCCCAUUAUCCUCGAGGUAUAAAAUCAUUACUAAUGGAGACGUGCCUCUAGAAGUUUUGGUUGCACUCUAUGCGGCUGCGGCUGUGAGAAAGGAUGAGUGCGGCAACUGGUGA